AUGCUAGGAGAGCACAGGUGGCUCGGCAUUCUGCUGGGUCUAUUGCAGAUACACUUUGCGCAAGCAUUCUAUCUACCAGGCCUUGCGCCGUCAUCAUAUUCGUGGAAGGACCGUGUACCGCUUACAGUCAAUACGCUCACGCCUUCACUGUCGAGACAUGACCAGCAGCUACACGCCGUAGUUUCAUACGACUAUUAUCAUCCUGGCUUCCGUUUCUGCGAGCCCGAAGAAGGGCCCAAAUGGGUCCGCGAAUCCCUAGGUAGCAUUCUCUUUGGCGACCGCAUUCGAACCUCUCCCUUCGAGUUGACGCUAGGCAUCAAUGAGACUUGCAAGUCGAUAUGUCCGGGAAAAGAGUUGGACGAGAAGAGCGCUCAGUUUAUGGCAGCUAGGAUUGAACAGGCUUACAAGGUCAAUCUUCUGAUUGAUGGGUUACCAGGCGCAGAAAUUGCUGAAGACUUGACCACCGGUGAACUGUUCAAUAGUCCUGGCUUCCCUCUUGGUACAGUCGAAGGUGAAGGCGAUGCACAGCGAAAGCUUUUGUACAACCACUGGGACAUCUAUAUUGACUAUCACAAGGCCACGUUAGCUGCAGGGAAAUACCGCGUUGUCAAUGUGCUGGUGGUCCCUAGCUCGACGGCAGUGAACAGAUACGCGAGUCCACAAAAGGGCGAAUGUCCUGAUGGUGGACCAUUGGUCAUCAACGAAAAUGGUGGUCAGACUAUAACUUAUACCUACAGCGUCUUCUGGAGACCAUCCAACCAGGCCUGGGCUACUCGCUGGGACCGGUAUCUGCACAUUACUGAUCCCAGCAUCCACUGGUUCUCUCUGAUCAGCAGUAUUUGCUUCGUCGUCUUACUUCUGGCACUGGUCAGCUCUAUUCUGGCGAGAGCUCUCCACAAAGACAUUCAGAGGUAUAAUAGGCUGGAUAACAUCAACCUUGACGACUUCAACGGCACUUCCGCGAUGGACGAUGAUGUGCAAGAAGAUUCAGGAUGGAAGCUCGUUCACGGAGAUGUCUUCAGAGCUCCUCGCUACUCAAUGCUGCUCAGUGUCCUGCUGGGUAGUGGUGCUCAGCUCUUCGUCAUGGUCGGCCUGACAGUUGCCCUUUCCUUGCUUGGCUUCUUGUCUCCGUCCAACCGUGGCUGGUUGACCACAGUGAGCCUUCUGCUCUACACCGUCCUGGGCUACGUCGGAGGCUACGUCUCAGCUCGCGCCUAUAAGACGUACGGUGGUGAGAAUUGGAAACUCAACAUGGCCUCGACGCCACUCUUCGUCCCUGGCAUCGUCUUCAUCAUGUUCUUUGUCAUGAACCUCUUCGUCUGGGCCAAAGGUUCAGCCGGCGCGGUUCCACUGACUACCAUGUUUGCUCUCGUGGGCAUCUGGUUCUUCAUCAGUGCUCCUCUCAGCAUCUUUGGCAGCUGGACCGGGUUCCGUGUCUCCGUUCCCGAUCCACCUACUCGAGUCAACCAAAUCCCACGACAAAUUCCUCCAGGCCCGAGCUCUCUCAAACCUCUACCCAGCAUGCUCCUGACUGGUAUUCUGCCCUUCUGCGCCAUUUUUGUCGAACUCUAUCCCAUACUCUCUUCACUCUGGACUGGCAGGAUCUACUAUAUGUUUGGCUUCUUGUUCAUCUGUUAUGGCAUCAUGGUUCUUACAACAGCUUGUACAACUAUUCUACUUGUAUACUUCUUACUCUGCGCUGAGGACUACCGGUGGCAAUGGCGCGCUUUUCUGGGCAGCGGGAUGACUGGUGUCUAUGUCUUCGUUAUUGCAUUGUGGUUCUGGGCCACGAGAAUAUCAUUUGGCGGGCUGACUGGAGCGAUUCUGUAUGUGGGCUAUUCGGCGCUGAUUGGAUUUUUGGUGUUUGUGCUUACUGGUUCGAUUGGCUUUGUGUCUUCAUAUUGGUUCUUGUUCCGUAUAUAUGGAUCUAUCAAGGUCGAUUAG